CCAGAUAUUCUGCGAGCAGGAAUUUGUCAGUGGUCCCAACAAUUUCCUGUUAGCGACGGCUGGUCCCGGAAGAUUUACCUUUCUCCUGACACGUAGCAGCCGCAGCGAAGUUGGCAGGGCUCUGGGCAGAGUUAUCACACAGCACAGAGUAAGAGAUGUCGGGUUUUGACAACUUUAACACAGACUUUUACCAGUCCAGCUACAGUGUAGAUGACCAAAGCCAAGCCGGCUAUGGCUACAGCAACACUGACAACCCCUACAAUAAGCCAUAUGGUCAAUAUGAUUACUCCCAGCCCAUGGGCUACCCAUCCCCAGGAGUAAUGCAGCCCCAGCAGCCAUAUACCGGACAAAUCUUCCAGCCCGCACAGACCUACACACCAUCAGCAUCACAGUCCAUGUACAGUAACAGUUUUGAUGAUGAGCCACCACUGUUAGAAGAAUUAGGAAUCAAUUUUGACCACAUCUGGCAGAAGACUCUGACGGUUCUCCAUCCAAUGAAAGUAGCAGAUGGCAGCAUCAUGAACGAGACAGACUUGGCUGGGCCUAUGGUGUUCUGUUUGGCCUUUGGAGCAACACUUCUUCUGUCAGGUAAAAUCCAGUUUGGUUAUGUGUAUGGCAUCAGUGCGAUUGGCUGCCUUGGCAUGUACUGCCUACUCAACCUCAUGAGUAUGACAGGCGUGUCGUUUGGCUGCGUGGCCAGCGUGCUGGGAUACUGCCUCCUCCCCAUGAUCAUUCUCUCAAGUUUUGGAGUUCUCUUCUCUUUACAGGGCAUGAUGGGAAUUAUACUAACAGCAACAAUCAUUAGCUGGUGCAGUUUCUCAGCCUCAAAGAUCUUCAUCUCAGCGUUGGCCAUGGAUGGGCAGCAGCUGUUGGUUGCUUACCCAUGCGCUCUGCUUUAUGGGGUGUUCGCGCUCAUCUCAGUCUUCUAAAAACCGCAAUUCAUCAACAGUUUCAAAUAACUGUUCCCCAGUUUCUGUAAUGUCGGCCUAAUUGGCAUAAGUGUAAUUAGUGAAAUUAUUGGCUAGUAAUGCUGUUACUACAGAAAAGUGGGCGCUCCUGACUAAAUUGGUACCAGGAUUUUUUUUCUGUCUUCUUUUAUUGGCCUCCACCUUUCCCCACAUUACAACUUGACCAUUCUCAAGCUGGACUAUAUGGUGUCACACCUGACUUCUCGUCACCUUGCUCCCCUGAUAUGCGUCUUACAGGAGAAGACUGUCAACAAGCCUGCUGGGAGGGGGGGAUCUUCUGUGGACCGAGUUGAGCCUUAAAUGGUCUUGUACAGUCCUGCGAUUUUUAAGGACAUUAAGGGGAACUAAGUGUUUUGGACACAGGUGGGGAAAAAACUGCAGUUUUCAAGAAUAAAAAUGAACCCUGCAACCUAAUCUGAAUUCCGCUAAAAUCCCAUUUGUCCUGAUUUUUGUAAAAGCUUUUAUGAGCAUUUUCUGCCUCCCAUAGAUUUAGCAACAACAAGACUAAGGGAAACACCCACUUUCAUUCUGCACAGGACUACAUUAACAGCGAAGGGGUCGUCUCCUCCGCAGCAUUGCAUUUUCUUCACAACCGAAGAGCCACGAACUUUAUCGAGUGUGUUUUUGAACAGAAAGACAGCUGCUCUGCUAUAUCUAAUGUAUUUUAUUAUAUUCUUUGGAGAUUCCUUUGAGUUUGAUGCCUUUUCAGGAAGACAACAACAGUUUGCACAAAAACACUGCUCCCAAACCAAACCAGUUUGAUCAAAUGCUCAGAAUUAAUAUUGUUAGAGAUGCUGUAUGUGUCUAGGUACAGAAGUGUCUCUAUAGGUUUUCGUUCUUGUAUGUAUCCCUUUUCAUCUCUUAAAUCUUUAUUUUUAGAGACGACUCACUUAAUGCUUUGAUGUGUCAUCUGUUGUUCAUAUCUUCUCAUGCACAUUAAAGUUGUUUUUGAAGGUUG